AUGCUUGAUAAAGAUCCUUCCAGCGUCUCAACAACGAAUGCUGAACAGAAGGAGAAGAAAACGCUUGGCAAUACACAAGAAGCAAGUAACGGUAUUGAUAAUAAAGAAGAAACAGAAAGGACUAUAGCCGAGAGCGUUGCGGCCGAAAGAGAAAAAACCGCAGCAAUACUUACAAGUCGUAGUACAGAGAAUAGCAACAACAACAGCAAAAAUAAUAGUUUGACUUCUACUUCUACAAACAACAUUAAUAAAGAGAAUAAAAACGAAAACGAAAAAUCUUUCUAUACACAAGUAGUCGACGCAUUAACUAAAACCAAAGAAAAUCGAUUAUCCAAAGAAUCCGGAAUUGGAUCGAGUGUAAGUAGUCAAUUGGAUGACGAUAAAGAAACAGAAGACGAUUCUGAAGACAUUUCUUGCGAGUCGCUUGACAAGAAUAGUAAUAAUAAUCAACGAACUUCCCCGCGUGUAAGUCAAUUAUUAGAAGGUUUAGACGAUCAAUAUUAUAAGGCAACACACGAGAGAGAACAAACUCUGGGAAUAAUUACAGAAGAGGAGGAAAUUAAAUCAACGAAAUCUGUUAUUAAUAGCCCGGCUGGCACUUCAUUUGAAUCCGAUUCUAAAUCGAUAAAGUCAACUGAUCGUAAUUCAACUGGUCGUCUUUCAAUAGAUCGUAUUUCGAUAGAUCGUCUUUCGGCUGGAACUGGAAAUAGCAUAACUAUCAACGAAACAGAUUCCAAUCAAUCUAUUACUGAAGAGCAACAUUUAUCAAAUUCUGCAACCACAUUAACCGAAAUCCCUUCUCCCACUGCCACCUUUCACUCAGAAUCAAAAGACGAAAAGAAAAAAAAAGAAUCAAAAAGAAAAAAUUCAUCAAGAUCAUUCUUUUCUGUAUUAUCUUCUUCCUCAUUACGCUCUUCGAUAUCAGGUUCGAACAAGGGCAUACAAAGGGGAUCUUUAUCGGAUCCAGAGGAUGAUUAUUCCCAGCGAAAUAAUAAUAAUAUUAAAUCAAAAACAGAGCGAAAAUUAAGCAGAUCGAAAUUUUCUUCAUUAUCAAUAAGAAAUCGCACGAGAACAAUGUUUGUAGCAUCAUCAUCUAACGAUCAAAAUGGUGAAAUUUUUGGAAGUCGCCCUGGAUCUCCUGAUGUCAAUAAUAAUAGUGGUAAUAAUGAAAAAAUUUCAUCAGAACAAAAACAAUUGACCAAAGUUGGAAAAGUUCUUGGAAUGACACCAGCCGAAGAAAAAAUACUAGUAGUUGAUAAACUGCAGCAACCAAUAGGAAUACCUUCAUCAUCUUUAGGAGGAAUGGGAAUAAAUAGUAAAGCGUCUAAAUUAUUAGGAUUACCUACAUUAUCAUCGUCCCCACCAUCAAUAGAUUCGAUACAUGAUCGAGAAAGAUCAGUGACUACUGGUAAUAAUGCAAAAGCGAAUAAAGUACUUGGCAUACCUCCACUUGAAGAUCAUCGACCAUUCUUGGAUAAAUCAAACAAGGCAAAUAGAGUUCUAGGAAUCAAUGAAGGAGAUUCUCACAAGAGAUCACCAUCAAUGUAUAUGGAUAAAAUGACCGAUAAAGUAUUAUCAGAAUUCGUGGGAGCACAUCGGUCCUCGUCCACGACAUUAUCUGGCACAAUAACCGUGGCAACUAUUCGAAAUCAUAUAGCGCAUAGUGGAUACAUGGCAAAAUACAUGAAUCCAAGUUUUUCAUUCUCGAAAUCAUGGAAACGACGAUACUUUGCACUGGUCAAAAACACAUUAUAUUGUUUCAAAUCAUCAGAUUCGAUCGCAUUGAUGAUUGAUAAUUUCGAGGUAACGGCAAACACGGUUGUCUGUGUUACAGAGAAUUUUACUAGUAAAUUGUGGGUGCUGGAAGUGAGCAAAUUAGGCGAGAAGAAAUGGUAUUUACAAGCGGACAAUGUUGAGGAGAUGAAAGGAUGGUUACAUGAAUUAAAGGCGACUGUGAUAAAAUGUAAAUAUAGUACGCAGGUAUUACCGGAUGUUCCGAAAGAUAUUACAAAUACGACGACUAAUGCUACUGUUCUUGAUCAGGAUGAAAAGUUGACGAAGUCAUUGACUAAUUCGAAUAUUAAUAGUAAUCACCUUACGCAACUUCAUAAUCUGCAUAAUCGUCCUCAUUAUAGUCAUUAUAGUAGCAGUAGCGUUAGUAUCUCCGCAUCUGCUCCUCCGUCACCCACAUACACUCAAUCAUUAUCCCAUCAAGCGUCAGAAUCUACCGAUGAAAAUCAUAACAAUCCGCAAAGAUCUCCUGUUGUCAGAAUGGUCGGACUAUCGGAAUUGGGUGUUCCUUCGCGUCCUUCUUCGCCCCUCGAAACGCAAAGAACAAAGAAUCAACAUCAAAAAUGGUCAAUGACGCAAUCAGAAAAUCCAUCGAUUUCACAAGAUGCGACGUCACCGAUUCCGAUAAAACAAAAAGUUACAAAACAUCGACCUACUUUGUCUGGAAUAUCGGCAACUGGCAGACCAAGAUCAAGUUCUCUAAAUUCGAUCAAUUCUAUUGCUACUACCUUAUCAUCGCAACAUCAAUCUCCACCAUCGCCAACAAAUUAUUCACAAAAUAAUAAUUAUAAUAAUUUUUCCACCGGAGUAAUUUUGCCGCCUCCUUAUCUACCGAAAUUUGAUAAAAAAGUGGCUACUGCAACAUUUAAUGUUAAAUCGACACAAAAUAUGUCGUCUAUAUCGACAACAAAUACAUCAUUACCACCGCCACCACGAUCUCCUCCACUACUACGUUCGAAACAAUCAUCUACUUUUCCUCCUCGUUCUCCUAGAUCACCGCCUCCUCUCCCACGUGCAACUCAUUCUCCAUCACUAUCUCCAUCACGAUCUUCUCAUAAUUCUCGAUAUACACCCCCGUCAACGCCUUCCUCGCCGUUAUCCCCAUUAGGAUCUCCGGGAUUCCCAUUACCACCUCUGAGAGCAGAAUUUCCUGUGGACAAUAGACGUCGUCCACCUCCGCCUAAUAUUCCACUACCACCUCCUCGUCCAAGAAGACCAACUUCACCAAUGUCUGCUCCGACAUCUCCAUCAAUAAUACGAAAGGAUUCAAGAUCAUCAAAUAAUAAUCACUAUUACUAUUCAAUGAGUUCACCACAUUACAACCAAACAAGCCAUUCAACAGAGCAAACUUCAUCAUCAAUACCCGGAUCAAGGUCAUUGACUGCAACGUUUAAUAAUAGUAGCAUUAGCAAUCAUAAUAGAUCAUUAUCCUCGACCACUAUAUCACGUUCUUCAUCAAAAUCACCAUCACAACCACAUUCACCGUCAUUACAUUCUCGAUCAUUUUCAUCAAAUCGAUUCACUCAUAAAAAACACCAUCAAAAUAAUUCGUUUCCAUUGUCAUCUUUUAUAUUACCACCUCCACCGCGAACACGGCCUCCAAAUCUACCAUUACCACCCCCACCAAUAAGUUCACCAUCAACCAAUACCACUAUUAUUCAAACAGUAAUCACGCCACCCCCAAUACCGCCAUCUCCACUAACACCAACUUCAACAUUGGCAAAUUUGGAAUGUCUGUCAAGUUCUUUAUCGAUUCCACCUGAACCUGCAAUCGAAUUAUCAGAUGAUGACCAAUUGGAUCCGGAUUAUGCGGAUGAAGUAGCUGCAUCACUGAACAGAAGUGAAGCUGCCAGCAUAAGGACCACCGCGUCAUCGACAUUAUCGUAUUAUUAUAAUAAUAAUAACGAAGACGAUGUUGACAGUAAUAAUAAUCGAGGGAGCAGAAAUGGAGGCAUAAAAGAUAGAACAAUGUCAACAAUGUCAGCUUCUACAACACCGACAACAAUACCAGUCGGCGGAGUAAAAAUUGUGCUUGAAGAGAGGAAAGUCGGGGAAAUUGAUACUGAUACUGAAGACGAUGAAGCGAAUGCAGAUGAUUUGCGACCAACUAAUAAUGCUAGCGUUGGUGCCGAUUAUUCUUGCAAUUUCAUGAAAAGUGGCUAA